CUGUUGUGAACCACUUCAGCUUGUCGCCAUAACAAGCCCACACUAGUGUGGCUAUGGAUACUAGCUCGCCUCCAUGCUUUCAGGCUUGCGAGCUCGCCUAUUUUCGUAUUGCCUUUCAGCUCGGCCAUUGUCGAGGUCGGCCUCAAGCUGUUCAGGCUGUCCAUCAUAGCUACAACACUGACCCAUUGCCGCUUCCAUCCCAGUGUUUGGUCCGAUUGUCGUCCAUCAUGCCUGGGCACAAGUUGCAGUCCAAUCUCAAGUUUCCGAUCGAACAAGUUGCUGUCUUGGACGAUGCGAUAAAAUGUGUGGCCCUCCAUUCUGAAGAUGAUUCUGAAGAUGGAGUCUUAGCAACGGCAAACAAAUUAAAAGAAAAAAUUGGCACCAAUGGGAAGAAGAAGUAUUUGUUUGGGCUGUGUCUCAAUCCCAUGUAUCCUUACCAACUUAGCAAGAAGGCAGAGCAGCAACGCAGAGACAUUGUGAAACAUUGGCAAGAUAUUUGUCGAUUCAAGAACAUCCAAUUUUCCCAUCAGCAGCAAGAGAAAGUGGAAGAGGCGGUUGAUGGUUUCAUGAACUUUGAAUCGAGAAAGGAAGUUUUGAACAAUAUCAUGAAGGCACUGCAAAGUCCUAGCAUCAACACCGUGGCAGUGUACGGGGAGGAUGGUAUCGGGAAGACCAAGCUCGUAAGAGAAAUUAAAAGAAGAGCCAAAGAAGUGAAGUUGUUCGAUGCUAUUGUUAUGGCAACCGUGAGGAUGAAUCCAGACUUACCAAGAAUUCAAGAUGAAAUUGCAUAUGGCUUGGGUCUGCAUCGAGUUUCUAAUGAACAUACAUCUCAACAAGCUUUCAAUCUGGGAAACGCAAGGCUAACGGAAAAGAAGGACGUCUUUGUAAUUUUGGAAGAUGUUUGGGAGGCAGAAAUGUAUUCAAAGUUGCGUGAGAGACUUCCUUUGAUAGAUGAGAAACAGAACAGCUUAUCAUCUUACAAAAUUCUGCUAACCUCUACAGAUCGAGCUGUUCUAUUUAAUCUAUCUGAAGAACAAUUUGAAAUUCACCCAUUAAAAGAAAAAGAAGAUUGGGAGCUGCUUAAGAAGAUAGCUAUCAACAGGUAUGAAAGUAUUCCCUUGCCGUUUUAUGCAAACGAAGAGAUUGUCAAGAAGUGUAACAAAUUGCGCAUUGCUGUUGCAACACUUGCAAAGGCCUUGAAGAGCCGGAUCCAGGAACUCCAACAAACUUUCUUGCUUUGUUGUCUAAUGGGUCAUAAUGCAGCCAUCGAAGACUUGUCGAAAUAUGCUCUAGGCUUGGGCUUGUACAAUGGAGUCAACUCUAUACAGGAAGCAAAAAUUAAAGUAUCAAAGUCGGUGUCUAAACUCAGAAAAUCUUCUCUGUUGCUGGAUAGUGGCAGCGAUCUCCACUUUGAUAUGCAUGAUCUUGCUCGGAAUUUUGCUAUAUCAUCAAUUGCUUUUGGAGAAGUAGAACUAGACAACUGGUCGACAACAACGGAAAGCAUCAAAUGGAUUUAUUUAUCAAAUGGUUUUGGUAAUGAUCAGCUUCCAGAUAAGUUGAACGGUCGGGAGCUCACUUUCUUUCAUUUGUCUCUAGAGGAUCCUUCUAAACCAAUUCCACCGUACUUUUUUAGGGAUAUGGGAAAACUCAAAAGAGAGCUGAAGAAUUUGCAAGUCCUCAGCCUUGCGGGAUGUAAUAUUGAAGAGCUGCCAAAGAAGUUGGUAGAUUUGACUGAUUGUACCGAACUCAAAGUAACUGAACCGGGUGUCUUGUCAGGUUUGACCAGAUUAGAAGAACUAUACAUGAGAAACAGUUUCGAACAAUGGGCGAUGCAGGAUGUUAAGGAGCAGGAAAAUAAAAACGCCAGCCUUGCUGACUCAAAGCAUUUGAGUCUCACUGCUAUAGAGGUAGCCAUUUGCAAUAUCAAGGUUGUGUCUCCCUGGGUUGAACUGACGAAGUUGAUCAUUGAGGGUUGUGAUAAUUUAGAAUGCAUAUUCUCAUCUUCUAUGGCUAGAGAUCAAAAGAUGCUUGAACACCUUGAGAUAAGGAAAUGCAAGAGGAUGAGAGAGAUUAUUCUUGAAGAGAAUGUAGAAGGAAAUAAGAGUUUGAUUUUCCCACGGUUGAACUUUUUGCAGAUAGAAGAUCUUGAAAUCCUCGUCAAAUUCUAUUUGGGAAAUUGUAUUGUUGAAUUCCCAACAUUGAAGAAAAUGCAAGUACUGAACUGCCCAAAAUUGGAAGGAUUCACUGAUAAGCAUUCUGCAAGCACACACACUCUUUAAUGAACAGGUAAGUUUUCCUCAUUUAGCUAGCAUUUGGCUUUUACUUUUGAAACUACUCGUUCUCAUCUUUCACAGAAUUGGAUUAUUUGCAUUUAGGUAUAAGUUUUAACAUACGUGUUAAAUAUAUUUAAUUAAUCAAA